AUGGCGAGGGAGCGGCGGGAGAUAAAGAGGAUAGAGAGCGCUGCGGCGCGGCAGGUCACGUUCUCCAAGCGCCGCCGCGGCCUCUUCAAGAAGGCCGAGGAGCUCUCCGUUCUGUGCGAUGCCGACGUCGCGCUCAUCGUCUUCUCCUCCACGGGGAAGCUCUCCCAGUUCGCCAGCUCCAGUAUGAAUGAGAUCAUUGACAAGUACAACACACAUUCUAAAAACCUGGGGAAAGCAGAAGAGCCUUUGCUCGACUUGAACUUAGAACAUAGCAAAUACGCAAAUUUGAAUGAGCAACUUGUGGAAGCAAGCCUUCGACUCAGGCGGAUGAGAGGUGAAGAACUUGAGGGAUUGAGUGUUGAAGAACUCCAUCAAUUGGAGAAGAACCUGGAAACUGGUCUGCACAGGGUGCUUCAAACAAAGGAUCAACAAUUCUUGGAACAGAUCAGCGACCUGGAACGGAAGAGUACACAGCUGGCAGAGGAGAACAUGCAACUGAGGAAUCAAGUAUCCCAGAUACCCCCAGCUGGCAACCAAGCAGUUGCUGAUACUGAAAAUGUUAUUGCUGAAGAUGGGCAAUCCUCUGAAUCAGUGAUGACUGCGUUGCACUCUGGAAGUUCACAGGACAAUGAUGAUGGUUCGGAUGUAUCUCUAAAGUUAGGAUAUAAAGGUUGCCUUGUGUUGCAUGGAAGUAAAAUGCAAAAGAGGCUCCGUGUGGAUCUGGGUGGAGCUGCGGCCUCAGGGAUUAGGCAAUUGUGUUAUGGUCUUAUGGACGACCCCCGACUACUGCAAUAA